CUUAUUUCUAUUUCCGGUUAUAAAUACGACAACACGUGUUAUUUAGUGUUGCUGGAGAUUUAAGGAUUUGAAGCACAUUUAGAAGUGAAAACCAUGGUCAUUCAACGAAUUGUAAAAGCAAAGACUCAGAGAGGAAAACGUGCUUUGGAAAAGAAGGAGGGGAAGAUAUUUGAAGAUGUUAAGACAGCCAUGUUCAUCAAGGGAGGUAACACCAGCAUGACCAUCACACAAGUGUUAAAAGAACUGCACAUGCUAAAGAAACCACAUGCAGUUGCUUUUAAAAGGAAAAAUGUCACACGUCCAUUUGAAGACCAGACAUCUUUGGAGUUCUUCUCAGAAAGGAGUGACAACUCUCUGUUCUUGUUUGGCUCCCACUCCAAGAAGAGGCCGGACAACUUGGUGAUGGGUCGGAUGUACGACCAUCAUGUUCUGGACAUGGUGGAGCUGGGAGUGGACAAGUUCAAGUCCAUGUUCGAGUUUGAUAGUUCCAAGAGCUCAUUUGGGUGUAAGCCAUGUUUGCUGUUUGCGGGCCAGCUGUUUGACAAUGAUGAUGAGUACAGAAGGAUCAAGAACCUGAUGAUAGAUUUUUUCCGUGGACCUGUUGUGAAGAACGUGCGUCUGGCUGGCCUGGAGCAUGUCAUCAGUGUUACAUCUACAGAUGACAAGAUCUACAUCAGGAACUAUAAAGUGUUGCUGAAGAAAUCUGGGAGUCGGACCCCCCGCGUUGAGCUGGAAGAAAUGGGCCCCUCCCUCAACCUCACCGUCCGACGCUGUCACCUGGCAUCUCCAGAUCUCUACAAGAAGGCUCUCAAAAUCCCCAGAACAGCCAAGCCAAAGAAAAAGAAGAAUAUAUCACACGAUGUGUUUGGUUCCAAGCUUGGUCGUGUCCACAUGCAGAAACAGGAUAUAAAUAAACUGCAGACUCGCAAGAUGAAGGGUUUGAAGAAACGCAAGAAGGAAUCAGCUGAAGGUCAGGAUGGACAAGGGUCAAGGUCAAAGAAAUCCAAGAAAUCUAAAUCAGAAACUGAGGAAGAAUGAUAAUGAUAUUGAUGAAUCAAUGUGUUGUUGAUGAUGGUAAUAGGUCUGUAAUCAUCUGUAAUGCAUGUUAAAUGGCAGUGAAUCCAAACAAGCAAAUAAACAAUGGGUUCUUAAGCAUAAUUAAACACUUUAUUGAAUAUACAAGAGACAAUAAUAGACAAUGUCAUCUCAUUUAAUUUGGCUUACUAAUGCAUUUGUUUAAUUAACUGGAUAAAUUUCCAUUUUAUUGACAAUGUACAAAAUAAUGGAAUUAUGUUCUCAUGAGUUACACCUAAAACUGUAUUUUGUUGUGAAAAUGUAUAUAUUGUACAUAUAUGUAAAUAAAGAAAAUAGCAAAUUUA